AUGGCCUUUUCUUCUUCUAAUAGACCUAUGGAAGCCGCUCGUGAGGGUUUAAAUAAUCCUAAUGCCCAACCUCGCUUACAAGAAGGGGUUGGAGAACACUUUUCUGAUUCUAAUCCUCCUCGUACUAGUGGAUCCGAAGUGGGAAAUAAUCAGGGUACAAGAGUUGGGUCACACCCUCAAAUGAGUCAUAGUGCUCCUGUUGUUGAUCUUCCUUUUCAACAAAUGGCUGAUUUCUUUCGUCACAUGGCUAGAAGAAUGCCCGACCCUAAUAAAAUGAACUUUGAGAAAAUGAGAAAAAUGGAUGGAGUUGAGUUUGAAGUCACUGUUGAUCCUACGGAUGCCGAGCAGUUGUUGGAGCGGAUGGAAAGAGUGUUUGAGCAAUUAGAGUGUUCAGACGCUGCCAAAUUUAAGUAUGUUGUCUCACUGUUACAAAAAGAUGCCUAUGACUGGUGGGUAAGUGUACCGAAUGCCAAGGUAAAACCUCCUGUUCUUACUUGGAAUGAUUUUGUGAAAGAAUUUCAUAUGAAGUAUGUCCCUCCUGCUUAUCAUGAUGCAAAGAAAAAAGAGUUCUUCAAUUUAGAGCAAGGGGGUAUGUCUAUUGCUGAAUAUCAGCAGAAGUUUCUCAGGAUUUCUCGUUAUGCUGGUGGUAUUAUUAAUAACGAAAAAGAUAAGUGCAGGCGAUUCGAAGACGGUUUGAAUAAUUCCAUCAGGAAAUCUGUAACGGUCCUACAACAUGAAAACUUUUGUAAAUUAGUUUCAGCUGCUCGUACUUGGGAAAGGAUCGAUAAGGAACAAGCUAGUAGAAAUGAAAACAAGUUCAGAAAAGCAGAUGCAGAUUCAGGAGGUCCAUCUAAACGGGGAAGGUUUGACAAUUCCAAAGCUAGUACUGCUCACAAGUUAGCCCAGCAUAAGCAAAAUAGAUCAAAUUUCUCUACUGCCAGCACUCCAAGCUAUGGCCAAGGCAAGACUCGUAUACCCACUUGUGCACAAUGUGGAAAGAAUCACUUUGGUACUUGUAGAAGAGCCUUUGGUGCUUGUUUUAAUUGUGGGAGCUUCGAUCAUAAAGUUAAGGAUUGUCCUAAUCCUAACCCCACUUCUUCUCUGCGUACGGAAGGCUCUGUUCAAAAACCUAUUACCAUUCCUUCUCAAGGGAAUAGAGGUGCAAGAUCUAGAAACACACAAGCAACAGGUGCAGGUGGAGCCAAUCAAGCUAGUGAGUCAAGAGCUACAGCACGAGCUUAUGCUAUGAGACAGAGGGAUGACCAAGAUAGAGCAGACGUGGUUGUUGGUAAAUUUCACUUAUUUGGCUUAUGUGUUGUUACAUUAUUUGAUCCUGGUUCUACACAUUCCUAUGUUUGCUCAUCAUUGGUUAUUCCUAAAAAUGUGAAAUCUGUGAGACUUGAUUGUGGUGUGCUUGUCCAAAGUCCUUUGGGUGAACAAGUUGUUUGUAAUCAAAUCUAUCGAGGUUGUCCCUUGGUGAUUCAAAAUCUAGCCUUCCCUGCUGAUUUUAUUGAAAUGCCUUUCCAAGACUAUGAUGUCAUUAUCGGUAUGGAUUGGCUUUAUAGGUACCAUGCAGUAGUUGAUUGUAGGUCGAAGCAUGUGACCUCUAGAGCUCCUUCACUUUCACACAUCGUUGUUCAAGGUGAAAGAUCAUUGACAUCUAAUAUUAUCUCCGCGGUUGUGGCAAGAAAGAUGAUUAGUCAGGGUUGUGAAGCUUAUCUUGCUCAUAUAUUUGAUACACACCCGGAAAGUCCAAGCCUUAAAGAUAUACCAGUGGUUUGUGAAUUUCCUGAUGUUUUCCCUAAAAAUCUUCCUGGACUGCCCCCGGAAAGGGAGGUUGAAUUUCCUAUAGAGGUUAUUCCUGGAACUACUCCUAUUUCUAUAACACCUUAUUGA